AUGACUGAUCAACCGAAUUCGUCUAAGAAUGCUGAUUCGGAGAAAUUUAACCCAAAGGAGUUUUUAAUGCAUCCGAUCAAUUACAUUCGAUCGUUUUGCGCGGCCAAAGAUGAAUCCACAAUGCCUCACUACAAGCUCACUUAUUUCGACUUGCGUGGACGAGCUGAGGUAUCCCGUCAAUUGUUCGCUCUUGCCGGCGUUCCAUACGAGGACAAUCGGCUCAAUUUCGAGCAAUGGCCGGCAUUCAAACAAACAACUCCAUUCGGUCAAAUUCCACUUCUCGAGGUUGACGGGACGAUGAUCGCUCAAUCGAUCACGAUCGCACGCUUUCUGGCGCGUCGUUUCGGCUACAUCGGUGCCAAUGAUAUCGAGGCAGCUCAAAUCGAUUCUUUAGCCGAUGUGAUCAUGGAUUAUCACAAUGAACAGAAGCAUUUCUUUCCGGUUUUGAUGGGCAGAAUGCCCGGGGAUAAGGACGCUCUCUACAAGGAGAUUUACGAGCCGGUCCGAGACAAAUAUCUGCCGAUUCUCGUCGAGAAAUUUUUGAAGAAAAACCCGAAUGGAUACUUGAUCGGCUCCAAGGUCUCUUAUGCAGAUUUGAUGUUGGCCGAGCAUAUCAGCGUUUACAUGAAUGUUCUCCCAAACGCUUUCGAUAAGUAUCCAGAGCUGAUCGCUCACAAAGAGAAAGUGCAAUCAUUGCCGGCUCUGAAGCAAUGGAUCGAGACUCGUCCGAAGACUUCAUAC